AUGGUGCGUAGUUGGUAUAUGGACAAUAAACUUGAUGAUCCGCAAGAUCCACAUAUCGGUGAAGAAAUAGAUACAAAACAAAUGUGUGAUCGAACAGGCGUAGAAUAUUGGUAUUUUCAUCCGGAUCAUAUUCAAACUGAACAUUCAUCAUUAGAAAAAUUAAAAAAUGAUCGCCAUUAUUCAUAUGAGGAUGAAGUAACGGUACAACCAACAAUGGAAAAUUAUGAAAAAAAAUUAGAAACAUUUUUUAACGAACAUCUUCAUUCGGAUGAAGAAAUCAGAUUAGUUCUCGAAGGUUCAGGAUAUUUCGACUGUCGAGACUUUGAUGAUCGGUGGAUUCGAAUCAAUGUGUUUCCAGGUGAUUUACUUAUUUUACCCGCAGGCAUCUAUCAUCGUUUUAUUCCCGAUAAAAACAACUAUAUAAGAGCAAAACGUUUUUUCGUUGGUGAACCGGUUUGGUUACCAAUAAAUCGUCCGGCUGAUGAUCACCCUGCUCGAAAAACAUAUCUAGAAGAAAAAGUAGUUCGAUAUCGAAAUGGUAAUCAAAUCGUUGUUACUGGUGAUUCAAUCUCUUAA